AUGUAUAUACCAUUCAUCGGACGGCUCUGUCUGAGCGAAUAUUUGGCACUGGUCAGCUCUUUCUUUCUUGUUGGAUUAGAAGCAAUCAUUAGAAUAUUGACGCUUGCGCUACCUUCGACGAUCAUAAAAUUAUGCUAUCGAGUUUCAAGGCGGGCUUUCAAUCGAUUCACAUCUGCGGCAUCGAAGAGAUCAGAGACACGAAAGCAAGGUUGGAGCAGUCCUUCAGUAAAAUGCAAACGAGGAGAGGGACUGACAGACUCAGAUAUAUCCACCUCGAUCCGAAAUGCCUCAGGCUUUGUAGACCUCUGUGAAUUAGCUGGUUAUUAUGCCGAGGAACAUGUUGUGCAAACCGGAGAUGGCUAUCUGUUAUGCGUUCAUCGACUCGGUUGGAAGAGAGGAGAGGAAAAUACAAAAGUCAAUAGUGGACCGGGUAGUAUCAAAAAGCCUGUUGUAUAUCUGCAUCAUGGCCUGCUUAUGAAUAGUGAGGUAUGGGUGUGUUUGACCGAUAAGGAGAGAUGCUUACCGUUCACCCUGGUGGAAAGAGGAUAUGAUGUCUGGCUUGGAAACAACCGCGGGAAUAAGUACUCGAAAAAGUCCAUCCACCAUUCACCAACAGAUAUGGCUUUUUGGAACUUCUCAAUGGAUGACUUCGCCUUCCAUGAUAUCCCAGAUACCAUUCAAUACAUUCUCGAUACCACCUCUGCGCCAUCAUUGUCAUACAUUGGAUUUUCGCAAGGAACAGCUCAGGCCUUUGCAACUUUGGCUGUUCAUCCGAAGCUCAACGAUCAAAUCAAUGUAUUCAUUGCUCUUGCACCUGCAAUGUCCCCAGCUGGUCUUUCCAAUGGCAUUGUCGAUGCACUUGUCAAGGCAUCACCUCAGGUUCUAUUUCUUCUUUUCGGCCGUCGCUCCAUUCUCUCAUCGGCAACCAUGUGGCAGUCUAUACUUUACCCUCCGAUUUUCGUUCGUCUCAUUGAUAUGUCUUUAUCAUUUCUCUUUGGCUGGCACGCCAAAAACAUUUCCACGUCACAAAAGCUCGCAGCAUACCCUCAUCUCUAUUCUUUCACUAGCACCAAAUCUGUCGUCCACUGGUUUCAAAUUAUCCGCACCAAAUCAUUCCAGAUGUACGAUGAUGAGCCCCAACCAGUUUUAGGUGGCGUAAAUAAAUACACCAAAGUCGCUAAAUUCCCCACCCGCAACAUCAAAACACCCAUCGUAUUAGUGUACGGCGGCAGCGAUUCAUUGGUCGACAUCAAUGUGAUGUUGAAAGAACUUCCCGCUCACACGAUCGCCAUCGAAAUUCCCCACUACGAGCAUCUCGAUUUCCUCUGGGCUCGAGAGGUCGAAACUCUCGUCUUUCCGCACGUUUUCGACGCCUUGGAAUCUUUUUACAAUGCGGAUCACUCGAAAGAAGAAUAUGAACACUAUAAUCGCGCCCGUACUAACUCAAUGCGUGUUGGUACCAGUAACAAUAGACUGUUGACCUACUUAAGCGAAGAGGACAGCGGAACUCAAUCAUUAGGAAGUGAAACAUAUGUCAACGCAGACCCAAAUACCAUAUUACAUCCUGGAGACGAAUCACCCACCGAUUUCAAAACAACUGCUGGUACUUACAACCAUAACAGUGCACGAAAACGCGCUAAACUCAGUUCUCAAAAUUUCUACAGUGACGAUGAUUCGUCUGAAACUUCACCACUUGACGCCAAUGCGUCCAAACCCUUUCCCCAGUUUGACGGCACACAUCAUGUUCUCAAACUCAAACCUCAACCAAGCGCGCAAGAGACCCCUUCUACGCCCCCAUUUCAUUUCAACCCCUCCCCCUCCAGCUCCCCUAUUCCCGCCACUACCUCUCCAAAACUCCAUUCCCAAACCCAAACUACCACGCCCGCCCGCCUCCGCAAACCCCUCCGCAGCAGCUCCAUCGGCAGCAACAUCUCCUUCGAAACGAAAGGAAACAAAAGUAGACCCGGAAGUAUAGGCAGUAGCGGUAUUAGUCUCGGUAUGGGACGUGCUGUUGGGGGUAUAGUAUCUGGGCUGGGUGAGGGAGUCAGAGGGAGAGAAGAUGUAUAUGUUAGUGAUGGUGCCAGGAGUAUAGGAGAUGGUAAUGCGAGUGCGACUGAUACCGGUGGAAGUAUGAGGAGCUUUGGGGGGUUAUUGAAGAGGUCGGAGAAGAAGAAGGGGGGCCGGUAA